UACGCAUACGCUCGUUGCGUAUCUACGUGGAUGAACGUCAACAUGGCUGAAUCCAUGAGAGCAGCUGCUGAGAGUUGAUGUGGCACUGAAGAGCAGCAGUGGCAGUGAACUUGAACUGAAUAAAUAAUAUUUAUUUUGCAGAUUAAGAUCAGGUCACCAUGUAUCUCCAGAGGAUGUUCUCCUGUUCUCGGCUUUUAGCGAGACCGGAUGCUCUGCAAACCUUCAGAAGAGCUGCUUCACAAGGCAAAAAUCCCUCUUCCUCCCCAUUUCUCACACUCCAUGCUGUGCGUCAGUGGAGUAAUGUGCCUUUUUUUACAGUGCCACUGGCACGGGCGCACGGUAAGUCAUUUGCCCACCGCAGUGAUCUGCGCCAGGCCAAAAGAAUCGUUGUCAAGUUGGGGAGUGCCGUCGUAACCCGUGGUGAUGAGUGCGGCCUCGCUUUGGGCCGACUCGCUUCAAUAGUAGAACAGGUGGCCGUGCUUCAGAAUCAGGGUAGAGAGAUGAUGAUUGUGACCAGUGGCGCUGUAGCAUUUGGAAAACAAAGGCUGAGACACGAAAUUCUUCUCUCACAGAGCGUCAGACAAGCCCUGCAUUCAGGCCAGAAUCAGCUCAAAGAUAUGUCACUGCCGGUUCUAGAGGCGAGAGCGUGUGCCGCUGCGGGACAAAGUGGACUUAUGGCUCUGUAUGAGGCAAUGUUCACUCAGUACAGCACCUGUACAGCCCAGAUCCUGGUAACAAACCUGGACUUUCACGACGACCAGAAAAGACGGAACUUGAACAGCACUCUGCACGAGCUGCUGCGUAUGAACAUCGUUCCCAUUAUCAACACCAACGACGCCGUGGUGCCUCCCCCAGAACCCAACAGUGACCUACAGGGGGUAAAUGUUAUCAGCAUCAAGGAUAAUGAUAGUCUUGCAGCGCGGCUUGCCGUGGAGAUGAGGGCAGAUCUUCUCAUCGCUCUCUCUGAUGUAGAGGGCCUUUAUGACAGCCCACCGGGGUCAGAUGAUGCCAAGCUCCUGGACACAUUUUACCCUGGGGACCAGCAUUCCAUAACCUACGGCACAAAGUCCAGAGUUGGCAUUGGAGGAAUGGAAGCUAAGGUGAAAGCUGCCCUCUGGGCUCUCCAAGGUGGGACUUCUGUUGUCAUUGCUAAUGGUACACACCCCAAAGUCACAGGACAUGUGAUCACUGACAUUGUUGAGGGCAAGAAAGUGGGAACCUUCUUCUCAGAGGUCAAGCCAGCUGGCCCCACAGUUGAGCAGCAGACAGAAAUGGCUCGCUCUGCGGGCAGGACUCUUGCUUCCCUUGAACCAGAGCAGAGAAGUGACAUCAUCUGUGCAUUGGCUGAUCUUCUUACCGAGAGGAAAGACGAGAUCUUAUCUGCCAACAAAAAGGACAUGGAGCAUGCUGCCAGUACAGGUCGUCUGUCUCCAGCCUUGCUGAAGCGACUCAGUUUGUCAUCAUCUAAGCUGAACAGUCUGUCCAUCGGUCUGCGCCAGAUCGCAGUGUCCUCUCAGGACAGCGUUGGCAGGGUUCUGCGAAGGACCCGUGUGGCAAACAACCUGGAGCUGGAGCAGAUCACGGUCCCCAUAGGAGUACUGCUGGUCAUCUUUGAGUCACGGCCAGACUGCCUGCCUCAGGUUUCUGCUUUAGCCAUUGCAAGUGGAAAUGCUCUUUUGCUGAAAGGUGGCAAAGAGGCAGCCAACACAAAUCGCAUCCUGCAUGAGCUUGCCCAGGAGGCCCUGUCCAUACAUGGAGUCAAAGAUGCCAUUCAGCUGGUGAGCACGCGUGAAGAGGUGGAGGAUCUGUGUCGUCUGGAGAAGAUGAUUGAUCUGAUCAUUCCCCGUGGCUCCUCUCAGCUAGUCAGAGAUAUUCAGCGUUCAGCGAAGGGCAUCCCUGUUCUUGGCCAUAGUGAGGGGAUCUGCCAUGUUUAUGUGGACCAUGAGGCCAGUGUUGACAAAGCCAUCAAGAUCAUCCGAGACUCCAAAUGUGACUACCCUGCAGCCUGUAACGCCAUGGAAACCCUGUUGGUGCAUCGAGAUCUUCUCAGAACCCCAGUGUUUGAUCAAAUCAUUGACAUGCUGAGAACAGAACAUGUAAAGAUCCAUGCUGGCCCCAAGUUUGCAUCCUACCUGACCUUCAGUCCGUCAGAGGUGAAGUCUCUGCGUACCGAAUACGGGGAUCUGGAGUGCUGUAUCGAGGUGGUGGACAGUAUGCAGGAGGCUAUUGAUCACAUCCAUAAAUACGGCAGUUCCCACACUGAUGUUAUUGUCACGGAAAACGAGGACACAGCAGAGCAGUUUCUUCAGCAAUUGGAUAGUGCCUGUGUCUUCUGGAAUGCUAGUUCACGGUUUGCUGAUGGAUAUCGUUUUGGUCUUGGUGCAGAGGUUGGCAUCAGCACGGCCCGUAUUCAUGCCCGUGGGCCUGUGGGGUUGGAAGGACUUCUCACUUCCAAGUGGGUCUUACGGGGCGAAGGCCACACAGCUGCAGACUUCUCUGAGCAGGGCAGCAUGACAUAUCUACACGAGAAUCUUCCGGUGGCGCAGAUUCUUCCUGGACGCAGAACCACCAGCUAGAGUCUUUAAGUAAAUCUCACCCAUUUAAAGACUCCCAUCAGGCAGUAUAUUUGGAGUAAGUGUGAAUGCAUUGAAAAUCAUUUGUGGAUGGAGAGCUGUUCAGUAAUCCCAUAAAUUUAAGAGUCUUUAUAGCAAAUUUUUCAUUGUUUGUCCCUUAAUUUGGACUGUCUCAAGGGCCAAAGAGCCUUCACUUGUUUCCUGUUCUCAGAAUGAACCAGUUGAACUUAAAGCUAUGAAAACACAUGAAAGGUUAUAGACAGAUAAGGGAUUUUGUUUAAAGCAUUGAUCCAUCUUCUUGUUUAUGUUGUAAUUUUUGUUAUUAUUUGUGCAUUGUAUUGUUUCUUUGAGUAGUGAAACAUAUUACUUGAUCAUGGCAAAUAUGACAAUUCUGUGGAAGCUUGUUUCCACCACUGAAUAAAAAUAAAAAAAGUAAAUGCGACUUUUUUCUAUUCUGACUUUUUUCAUGCAAUUGCAAGUUUAUAUCUCACAAUUCUGACUUUAUAACAUGCAAUUGCGUGUUAUAAAGUCAGAAUUGCACAAUGUAAACUCGCAAUUCUGACUUUUUUUCUCAGAAUUGUGAAUUUAUAUAUUGUAAUUCUGACUUUAUAACACAUUUGCUAGUUACAAAGUCAAAAUUGUGAGAUAUAAACUCGCAAUUCUGAGUCAGUCUUUUUUCCCCUCAGAAUUGGAUUUUAUAACUCGCAUUUGAGAAAAUAAGUCAGAAUUGCGAGAUACUGUAUAAACAUGCAAUUGCGAGAAAAAAAGUCAGAAUUGGGAGUUUAUAUUUUGCAACUCUGACUUUAUAUCUAGCAUUUGCUAGUUUAUAUCCCACAAUUGUGAGUUUAUAACUCGCAAUUCUGCCUUUAUUUCGUGCAUAUGUGAGUUUAUAUCUCUCAAAUUUGACAUAACUCGCAAUUGCGACUUUAUAUCUCACAAUAUUGAGAAAAGAAGUCAGAAUUGUGAGAUAUAAACUCGCAGUUGUGAGGAAAAAAGUCAGAAUUGUGAGAUAAAAAGUCGCAAUUACCUUUUUAUUUUUUAUUUAGUGGCGGAAACAAGCUUCCAUACAAUUAUACCCCAGUACUGAGUUAAUGAAAAGAGACCUCCCCGAACUGCCAAUGUUAUAUUUAUGUAAUAUUUAAUAUGUGAAAUCCAGUAGCAAUUUCAAAAUGAAAUUUCAUGAAGAGCAUUAAAAAAAUUGGUGUUUAUUUAUAGCAUAUUGUGUACACAUAACUUCACAUUUAAUAGGGAAAGAAUCUUUUUCAUGUGGCAUAGUGCUGCUCAGAUACAACAUAAGAAAGCUGUAUUAUUAUUGAAACAAUAUAUUUCCCCACUGCUUGGUCUGUGUCAGUUGCUUUUAUUGAAAAGAAAACAAAGGAAAAACAUAAUUUUCCUGUUCUUCUCUCAUUUUCAUUUUUUGUAUGUUAAUUGCUUUUUGAUAAUGAAUAAUGUGCAGAUCUGUAGACAUUUUCCUGUUACUGCUGUAAAAAUCACCUGAGACAGACAGCCUUUGUCCUGAACUGCUACAGAAGGCCUUGUUAUGUGUAUUUAAAAGUGCUGUAACGCUCCACAAAAUAGUGAUGCUUAUGGUGAGAAGAGUGUUCUAAAGAUGUUCACAAUUUUUGUAUGUAGAAUAAAUUUCUUUUUUGUACUUUCAAAA